AUGCCCUCACACUUGACCCGCGUCGUCUUUCGCAACCUCAUCGCCAACGAGCCUCUCUUGUACCGCGGAUGUCGCCAUCGAGCCAUUCACCCGCGCGCACUCAGCCAGCAUGGCACCCGGCCCCUCACCCACACGCAGCGUCGCACAUUCUUCGGCAACCUCUUCAAGCAGCAGCGCAAGCUGAAGCCUGCCGAGACCCCCGCCGGACUCGAGAAGAUGACCGAGGUGACAUACGCAAAAGACAAUGCCCUCAGACCCCCCCAGCCAUCCGAAGUCGCCCAAGCCAUCAAGGACUUUUUUGCCCUGCGAAAGGGAAAAUUUGAAGACUUCCACGUAGCGAGCGCCUACCAGGCACUUCACUAUCUGCAGGAGAACCCCAAGGACGACGGACAGGCCUGGCUCACCAGAAGAGAGCUAGACACUAUUUUGGACGAGUUGAUGGUAGCCCCAAGACGACCAGACGUGGUUGGCAAGUGGCAUAUCCCAUUCGGCCUAAUGCUCAUUGACGAGCUUGCAAAAUCAAGCAGUGAACACCAGGCCCAAGAUGGAAACGAAAGCACCAAGGAAUCCGAUGCAGCAUUCGACAUGUACCUAAAAUCAAAGCAGAUUCAGCUAUUGUCCCUCUUUGGUGCUGCUGCUGAGGCCAGGCAAAUCGCCCUCGCCUUCUCCUUCGACCCCAAAGCAACCGCUGCUCAACAAAAGGCUUGCACAAGCGCAUGGAAGACUGUGCUUGCAGGCGUUGUCAAGGAAGGUAACCCGGCUGAAGUACAGAAAACGAUAGAAAUGCUAGAGGCCUGUUCGGUUCCCCUGACGGUGCAAAUACAAUCGUCACUAGUCUCAUUCUAUGCCGAGAAGGGCGACGUGGAAAGUGCCAAGUUUUGGUAUACAAAGCCAGUUUUCAACAAGUUCGGAAGACCCGCGACGAUCCCCGGGAAGACAAGCUCUGUGUUGUUCAAGGCUUGCGCCGCCACCAACGAUCUAGCUUUUGGUCACCAGAUGGUUGCCAAUCUGCUCAAAGGUGAAAUGCCUAGCAAGGAAUCGUGGGACGCCAUCUUUCUGUGGUCGGUCGCUAUCGGCAAGGGGCCCGACGAGGUCAAUCGCAUGAUCGAUGUACUCAUUCGCCGCAACGAUCAGGCGCGUCAAAAAAACCCCAAAAUCCCUGUCAUCCGACCAGACAUUGAUACCAUCAACACCUUGGUAGAAUACUGCAUGUCGCAAUCAGACCCCUACUCUGCUGAGCGUUACAUCGUUUUGGGUGAGCAUCGUGGUAUCAUCCCAGACGAAACAACCUACACAAUGCAGAUUACAUACCGCAUUUCGGUUGGAGAUCUCGAUGGAGCUAGGGCUGCCUACUUCAACCUUCAGGGCUGCUUCUCAGGCAGCGAUCGCAGUGUCGCGGCCAUCAAUCAACUAAUACUAGCUCUCUGUGGAUCCAAGCAGCACUACUUUGACGAGUUGAUGGCCAUGGUAGAUGAUCUACAUGAGCGCAAGGCCAACUUUACUCCCGAAACCGUCGCCGCACUUACCCUCUUGCAUCUUCGGAGGGGCGAGAUCCCGGAUGCCAUGGACCUUUUGCAAGUGCAUGCGCAUCAAUACGCACCAGUUCAGCGAAAGAUUAUCCAAAAGGCUCUUUCUGUAUUCAUACUGGAUGGCGAAACCAGCACAGCAGAUGCUUGGGAUGGCUACCAAAUUAUACGCAACGUCUUUCCCGAAACGCCCCGUGAAGACCGGAUACCCAUCAUGCGCAACUUCUUCGCCAGGAACCGGUCGGACAUGGCUUGUCACGUCUUCUUCCACAUGCGCAACCAUAUUAGCCCAACCCAUACUGCCACAAAAGAGGUUUAUGUCGAGGCCUUUACCGGUUUCGCUCGGUGCGCUGAUGCCGAGUCUCUAGAGUUGACACAUAACCAGCUGAAGCUGGACCUCAGUGUGGACAUGGACACGAAGCUGCGCAAUUCUUUGAUGCUUGCCUACGCUGCCACUGGUGAGAACAGGAAGGCGCUCAUGUUCUGGAGGGAUAUUUGCGAGUCAAGGGAAGGCCCUUCGUACAACAGCAUACUCAUAGCCUUCAGAGCCUGCGAGGGUAUGCAUUUUGGAUCUGACCAUGCCAGAUCCAUCUGGGCACGCCUGAAACAGCAGGAUAUUGACAUUGACAAGCCCAUCUGGACAGCUUACAUGUCAGCCAUUGCAAGAAACCACAAUCAUGACGAGGCCAUGGCUCUUAUAGAGACGGUGGAGGACGAGUAUGGCUUCACUCUAGAUUUGCAAAUCCUAGGUAGUUGGUUCAACUGUACUGCGAAUGGCGAGAAGCAACAACGCGUCGAAGCAUGGAUCAAGAAACGAUACCCUGAAAUCUGGGAUGAAAUGGAAGCAUUGGGCCAUUGGGUUACAAUGGAUGGGUUCGGAUAUCGACAGUACAACAUUAACCGCGACCUUGAUCCAUAGAUGAUGUAUAAUAGUAAGAUCAGAAUUCGGAGGUCAUAAA